AUGGCAAGUGGUACUGCAUUAGAAGAUGGUGAAAUUGAAGAUGAUGAUUUGAGCGACAUUCGCAGGAGUACGUCAAUGGAAAUAAGAGCAGAGAAUAUGACGCAUGUUUCAUCGGCAAGUCUGGAGGAGGAACAAGAACGUGAAGUAGACAGUAUUAUUCGUGAAAUACAGGAGGCAACAUAUAGGGCAGGAUUCACAAGUUUAGCCUCUGCUGAACACUCACUUGAAAAUGUGAAUUCGGAUGAUGAGAAUGCUCUACGUUUAGCGGUGUUAAAUACAAGCAAGGACAAAAGAUUUGUACGACGACCUAUAUCACACGAAGCAGAAGAGGGAGAAAUCAUUGAUACUUCUUACGAGAUACGAAGAGAUCAACAAAUAAACUUGCGUUAUUCCGGACAUACUUGGGUGCCACUGAAAAGGAAGCAAAAUAACCAAGAUCAGAGGUAUAAUGAUAUGCAAAAUCGCAUGAAUAGUCGUAAAUUUCAUGGAACGGCAGUACCGCUCAAGGUUACGGUACGGAAUGAUAACGCAAGUGGUUAUUCAUACUCCUUCCUAAAUAAUCAGCAGGAAGUCGCCAUACCAAUCAGUAGUGUGGAGAUGUUGGAAACAGCUGCGAAACAAUUUGCGAACCCAUUUGAGGAGCAGCUGCAUCGACUUCGAUUGAGGGUAGAAGCAAAUAAGUUUUCGAAGAAAGAAAAUUUGGGAGAUAAUUAUGAGCAAGUUGGAAUGGAUAUCGUAGACAGUGAUCGAGAUUCGCGUUCGCGGUCGUCACCAAUAUCACCGUUAGCUAAUGCUAUGACUGUUUGUUCUCAUGAAAUUCAAACCCUAAAUGGAGUGCCAUCCGAUGGUGUUGAUAACGAAGAGGAUGUUGAUCAGCUACGUGCUGAACUCCUAGAACAGAUAAUGCAAAAAAAGAACGACGAAAAGUUAAAAUCGUUGAAAUCAACACUUGAAGAAGGUGAAUUAAGCAGUACAAAUUCAGAAGAACGAGUUGCUCAUCGUAGUAACGAAGGACCAAGUUCUAGUUACAGGACCGAAGCGCAUUGUUCUAAAAGUUCUAAAAGACUUAAAAAUAUUGUAGAACAAAACCGGAAAUCUGUGAUAGAUCGAAAGCGUUCAAGGAAGGAUGAAUCUCCAUCAAGUGGCAGUGAUGGACCGGGUCAAGACCAUCGCGUCAAGCUCCCACGAAAAAGAAAGGAAAACUUUCGAGAAACUGCUCCCAAAAGGUUACAUUGGAAAUCAAAGAAUGAAUUUGGCGAUGUAUCAGGAACAGAAAGAAGAAAGGCUGAAGAUUGGGAACGUAUGAUUGAUGAUGAAAAAAAAAUGUUGAAAGAAAUUGAAAGGAAAUUAAGGCAUCGUGACGAUCAAAAAUGUGUCACAAGAAGAAGACGUGAUAGCUUUUUGGAGAGAGCGAAUCAUUGUGCUCGUCAGCUUGGUGUUCUUGAAUCGGAGAUGGAAGUACUUAGAUGUGAUCAAGAAAAGAUUAAAGGACGUUUAUCGUAUUUGGAACGGCAGUUAAGUAAAGCACAGUUUGAAGAGAACUGCAAGGAAACAGAGAGAAAGACAUUUAAAAAAGAAACCAAACGAAUUGAAAGAUUAAUAGAAGAAGCUGAAUGGAUGAAAAAUAUAAACAAGGAUGAUGGACAUUCUUGUGAUCCUGCUCAAAUAAUGACCAAAUCGAAAAAUGAUGUCGAAGGAUCGAAAACAGUAGAAGCGCGUGUUUUAGAACAGUCUGAACCAUUGAAUACGACUAUUGCGAUGGAUUAUUCUGAUGACCGAGAUGAUGUUUCAAGACCUGGAAGUAGUAGUAGUGGAUCACAUCAUUCUUCUAUAGAUAUCUUGGGGGACUCAGAUAUAAUUGAAUUAUCAGAUUCGAGCGAUUCAAUGAAUGGUCUUAUCACAGCAAUGCGUGAGUUGGAGCAGGAAGAGGUGGAAGCAAAUUUCAUUGCAGAAGCUGCAGCAGUGAAUAACUCAAAUGAUUGCCAAGAAAGUCAACAGAGAGAACGAAGGAUCAGUACUGUAACAUUAAGCGAAAAAGAUAUUAAUGAACUUAAAAAUAAUCCAUUGAUUAUGUUUAACGGGUAUCGCAUAUCUCCAACAUUUCCUUACCAUCUGAUAGCUCAUAGAGCUUUGUCAAACAAGUUGGAUCCAUUGAAACCGCUUUGUUACUAUGAAUUACUAGGAAGAUGCGCUGAUUCAACAUGUUCAAUGCAACAUGAAGAAGAUUAUUUACUGUCCGAUGAAGAACUGAUAUGUAGCGUGUUAACUUAUUGCCCGAAUCUUUGCCCGCCUAAAAAAAUGUUUUCUGAAUAUGCUCGUGAAAUGUUAAAAGAACAUCAAACGAAAUCAGUAGGCGAAAUUAUCGAGGAUAUGUUGAGAAGUCUUCCGGAUACUGAACGUCGAAUAAGAGUUUGUGAAUUGGCUACCAAACCUGGGCCGCCAUCGAAAUGGUCUUCGAAAGUGCCAUUCUGUUCCAUUAGCUAUAUUGGGCGAAUUUAUGCUUUUCAGAAAGCGAAAAAGGUACUACUUUUCGAGCAAGAAGUGUUUCAGUGUAUUUUGCCUGAAUUUAUGGAAAAUUUAUGUAAUGGUAACAACCAGAAUUGUAGAAGUGUUAAUAUGGCGACAUCACUGAAACGUUUAUUGUUCAUUGGUGUUUUGGUAAUAUUAUUGCAAAUUGUAUCAGUUAUCAGCGCAGGCAAAAUAUUAAUUUUGGUUGAUAAUUUAAAUAUUAGAGAAACGCAUUCGAUUUUCUUAAAAUCCCUAAAAGAAAGAGGACAUCAGCUAACUAUAAAAGCAGCGGAUGAUCAGACAUUGACUCUUACAAAAUAUGGUGAACAUCUCUACGAUCAUCUUAUCAUUUUUGCUCCAGGAGUUGACGAAUUUGGAGGAACGAUUAAUGUCAAAGCUAUAACUUCUUUUAUUGAUAAUGGUGGCAACGUAUUGGUGACAGCGGGUACACGUGUUGGUGAUGCUUUACAUGAUUUGGCUGCAGAGAAUGGUUUUGAAUUUGAUGAGAAUCGAACUGCUGUUAUUGAUCAUUUGAAUUAUGACACCGUUCUUGAUGAAGGAGAUCAUACGACAAUUGUAGCUGAUCCGUCAAACCUUUUAUCUGCUCUAAUGAUUAUAGGGAAAUCACGGGAAGCUAAUCCUAUUCUGUUCCGUGGUGUAGCUUUAAUCGCUGAUAAGACAAAUCAACUUCGUCUGGAAAUACUUACUGCUUCAACAACUGCUUAUUCAUUCAAUCCUCGUGAAAAAGUUGAAGAAUAUCCAGGUGCUGUGGGGCGCUCAACAUUGUUGAUUGGUGCCAUUCAAGCACGGAAUAAUGCGCGUGUUGUAUUAACUGGUUCGAUUGCCAUGUUUAGCGAUGCUUUUUUCGGUGCAAAUGUCAGCAAAUAUGGCUCAACAACAGUUCAGAAAAGUGGAAAUUUCGAGUUACUAACUGAACUGAGCAAAUGGGUAUUUAUGGAGAAAGGUGUGCUGAGAGUUAAGAAUGUUUCGCAUCAUAAGAUCGGUGAAAAGAAUCCUCCACGAGAAUAUACAAUACUGGAUAAUGUUGAGUAUGCAAUCGAAAUUGAAGAGCUCAAUAAUGGGAAAUGGGAACCAUUCAAAGGGAAUGAUGUUCAACUAGAAUUUACUCGCAUUGAUCCAUUUGUUCGGAUAACUCUCAAAAAUCACAAUGGCAAAUUAAAAACACAGUUUAAACUUCCUGAUGUUUAUGGUGUGUUCAAAUUCGUGGUCGAUUAUCGUCGUAUCGGCUAUACACAUUUGUUGGAUGUGCAGCAGGUAUCUGUUCGACCACUGCAACAUACCCAGUAUGAACGUUUUAUUUAUAGCGCAUAUCCUUACUAUGUUUCGGCAUUUUCUAUGAUGAUAGGAGUCCUUCUGUUCUCAUGUGUUUUUCUCUAUUAUAAAGAACCAUCAAAGGAUAUAAAGAAGGACUAA